GAGUUCCCUUGUCCCCUAUAGCACGCCCCUCCGUCUUUCCUCCGCGCCUUCCCGGUCGUGCCUCCCAUCUAUUCUCUCGCGCCAUCUCCCGGGGAAAAGAAGCUGAGGGGCGGUGGCGGCGUCGGUGUAACGUUGCUUCGCUGGCCUGUAACCUCAAUGGUCCACAUCUAGACUGAAGACUGACAGUUGGACCCGACAGGACAGGAUUGCAUUCCAUUACCAUGACCACAGAAAAGGGAUUGCCCAUGGAGAUGAAGAGUACCAUGGAGGGUGAUGUCAGGAGGACCAAUCAGGAUCAUGACAGUAAGACGUCAGAUGACCAUCAUGGGGACAUGGAUGACAGCUCAGAGAAGACCCCCAGCAAAGCAUCAAAAUCCCCCCAGAAAUCUUCCAAACGCCCCAAAACCGUUCCUGUCAAAAUCUCCCUACUUGACGGCUCAGAGUAUGAAACUGGAGUAGAGAAAUUUGCCAGGGGGCAGUCCGUGCUGGACAUGGUGUGUGGCCAUCUGAACCUGCUGGAGAGGGACUACUUUGGCCUGACGUUCUAUGACACAGACAACACCAAGAAUUGGCUGGACCCGUCAAAGGAGAUCAAGAAGCAAAUCCGAAUUGGCUCAUGGCAUUUCGGCUUUGCUGUCAAGUUUUAUCCCCCUGACCCAUCUCAGCUCACUGAAGACAUCACCAGGUACUACCUGUGUCUACAGCUGAGGGACGACAUGCUGUCCUGGCGUCUGCCCUGCUCCUUCGGGACCUACGCCCUGCUAGGUUCUUACACGGUGCAGGCGGAGCUGGGUGACUAUGAGCCAGAGGAACACGGGCCCGACUACAUCAGUGACUUCCGUUUCGCCCCCAACCAGACGAGGGAGCUAGAGGAGAGGGUGAUGGAGCUUCACCGCAACUACAGGGGAAUGAGUCCAGCGGAGGCAGAGGUGAACUUUCUAGAAAAUGCCAAGAAGCUUUCCAUGUACGGUGUAGACCUGCAUCAUGCCAAGGAUUCAGAGGGCAUUGACAUCAUGCUUGGCGUCAGCGCCAACGGACUACUCAUCUACCGUGACCGUCUGAGGAUCAACCGCUUCGCCUGGCCGAAGAUCCUCAAAAUCUCCUACAAGAGGAGCAACUUCUACAUCAAAAUACGCCCCGGGGAGUAUGAACAGUUUGAGAGCACCAUCGGCUUCAAGCUGCCCAACCACCGGGCUUCCAAACGCCUGUGGAAGGUCUGCAUUGAACACCACACCUUCUUCAGGUUGGUGUCUCCAGAACCCCCUCCCAAGGGCUUCCUGGUGAUUGGCUCCAAAUUCCGCUACAGUGGGCGGACCCAGGCCCAGUCGCGUCAGGCCAGUGUGCUGAUCGACCGGCCAGCUCCACAGUUUGACCGUUCGGUUAGCAAGAGGUACCUGCUGCCCCGCAGUGUGGAUGGAGCAUCAGCCCUGGGAGACAGCAUGGACCAGCUGUCCCAGCGCAGCUCCAGUGAUCACACCCAGUUCCUGUCCAGAGAAGACCUGGAACAAGAGGGCAGUCUGGACCUAGACCAGGAUCAGGAUUACCAGGAACAAGACCAGGAGUACCAGGAUCAGGACGAGGAGACUGAUGGUUUUGCCACGUCCGCCAAGACCAUGGAGCUGAAGGGUGAGGAGGCAGGCUCGCCAGUAGACUCAAAGCUUGAGCAGCAGUUCCUGGACAAGCCCGAGGAUGUCCUGCAGAAGCACCAGGCCAGCAUCAACGAACUAAAGAGAGCUCUCAGGGAGCCCAACAGCAAGCUGUCACAGAGGGAGAAACGCUUGUCCACAGCCACGCCCCCUGGAGGCACCCCAGAGAGGAAACAGGAGACCCCUCCUACACCUGCCAUUCAUGAGGAGCCUUUUGACGAAGCCAUGAGGGAGCCGUGGGAGAGGCGGUUGGGCUCAGUGUCAGAGGACGACCAAGACCACGAGACCCUGUACCUGAAGGAAACCCACCUGGGCAUUGAGCGCAAGUGCUCCAGCAUCACGGUCAGCUCUACGUCCAGCCUGGAGGCCGAGGUGGACUUCACUGUCCUCAUGGACCUCCAUACGGGCAUGGAGGAGUUCUCCAGGGGCAUGAUGGAGCUGGGCGAGAGGCCCAUGUCACCUGACGUGGGCCUCAGCCUGAGUAUCGACCUGCAGGGAACCCUGCCACCUCUCGUCUCGGCUCCUCUCACCGGGGCUAGCAGCAGCCCUCCUACCAAGCAGCUACACACCGAAGACGUCCGACAUCAUGAGCCUGUUGUGCCCAGAAAACCAAAGAGGUCAGUUCCCAUCGACAGAGACCAGUCACAGAAAGAUACCACUUACUCAUCCCCCAUGACAGCACUGAGCAGAGAGGCUAGUGAUGUCGUCGCCUCCCAUGCACUGAGGAAGACUGAGGUCAAGAUCGACAGAGACCAGUCACAAAAAGAGGCCACUUACGUGUCCCCCAUGACAGCGCUGAGCAGGGAGGCUAGUGAUGUCGUCGCCUCCCAUGCACUAAGGAAGACUGAGGUCAAGAUCGACAGAGACAUGUCACAGAAAGAGACCACUUACGUGUCCCCCAUGACAGCACUGAGCAGAGAGGCUAGUGAUGUCGUCGCCUCCCAUGCACUAAGGAAGACUGAGGUCAAGAUCGACAGAGACCUGUCACAGAAAGAGACCACUUACGUGUCCCCCAUGACAGCACUGAGCAGAGAGGCUAGUGAUGUCGUCGCCUCCCAUGCACUGAGGAAGACUGAGGUCAAGGUCGACAGAGACCAGACAGUCAGAGAGACCACUUACGUGUCCCCCAUGACAGCUCUGAGCAGAGAGGCUAGUUGCGUUGUCGCCAGCCACGCAUUGAGGAAGACCGAUGUCAAGGUCGAGACACAGCCCAAUGGGUCAGAGGUCACUACAACCAUCGUGGAGUUUACAGAUCAGGAUCAUGGUGUGACUGUAAGCAGUAUAGGCGAGACUUCUUAUUCAACAACAGAAGGUGUUUCCCCUGUGCACAUGUGUACGUUGGGAAGAGAGGCCUCUGGAUCUCCAAUACUUGUUACUGAGAAUGUUACCUCUGCAACCACGCAUGUCACCAAGACGGUGAAAGGGGGCUAUUCAGAGACCAGAAUUGAGAAGAGGAUCAUAAUCACAGGAGAUGAUGAUGUUGACCAGGAGCAGGCCCUCGCUAUUGCGAUACAGGAAGCCAAGCAACAGCAUCCGGACAUGUUGGUCACCAAGGCAGUAGUUGUCAAGGAAACAGAAUCGUCCACUGAGAAUCCACAUGGGACAUCUUAGUCCUGAUUCCUGGGACAUGAGCGCCCCCCUCAGGAGCAGACCUGUUGGUGCCUGAGCUACCUGAGACAACCACACUGCUGUGACCACUGCUAGUGGGGCUCCGACACACACAGCCACACACGUUUCAAUCCCUCACCCUUACUACUCUUGCCCACUGGGCCAACCCAUAUACUUCCCUGUUGUCUACCAUAGUAACAGGACUCCUUUAAAUCCAACCCUUUAUUUAUGAAUCUUUGCUCUGGCGGUGAUAUGGUGAAAUAUAGCCUCUUAGAAUCUGAGAGUGAAAUACUUACAUACUCGUCUCUAGCAUGUUGGCUCAGCAUUCCCGAACAGUCACAUUACAAGUCAAAAUGUUGAAAACACUUCAACUCACUUUACCUGUUGUCCAAUUAUUAUUUUUCCUAUGUCGGAGGUAAUCUGAUACAACAUAUCCAUAGGGGAACGUUAUCAACCCGACCUUCAGUACGCUGGUCUGUAUAUUUCUGGUUUGUAUUUUCAAUACUGACUCAAUUUGCACGAGACAAACACUUAAACAAUUUGUCUGAACCUAACCACAGACCGAACGGCAAACACUUUCAGCUGAUUACGAGGAAACGUGCUUCGGUUGACAACGUUUGGUUACAUUCGGCUAUUGUUUACAUAUUGUGCAUCACAUGAAAUGCAUCACAUGAUUUAAAAUACUAAAUUACAAGCCGACAUAGCCAAAUACCUACCGGCGCCCCAGAAAGUUGGGCUAAUAGUACUUUCCUGUGGCCAUUUUAUCUCCACUUCCAACCGCCAAAAAGACAACUGGUAAAGUAUGUUUAAAUAUAAUUUUAUUCAACAUUCUGUCUGGUAGAGACUAUUGCGUCUUUUUUACAGCGACUUCUUUCAGACUGAUAGCCAUGGAGUAACCAUGGUAACAGCCUGAUAUUUAGACAAGGUGAAAUACAGACAUGGAUGGCUAGAUAUGGAAAUGUCAUAAAUGAUGGCAGUCUUGGUACUAAGAAAUAACAGGUUGAAUGACAAAAUAAUGCCAGAAUUCCUUGUUUCACUGCUGGAAAGUUUCAGUCUACACCUAGUACACUUGUCUG